CUCUCGGAGAAAGAUAAACCCUAUGUAGAUAUCCAGGGCCUGACAGCCUCCACCAUGGAAAUCCUACUGGACUUUGUAUAUACAGAAACUGUUCACGUGACAGUAGAAAACGUCCAGGAAUUGCUCCCAGCGGCAUGUCUGCUUCAGCUGAAAGGUGUGAAACAAGCUUGCUGUGAGUUUCUAGAAAGCCAGCUGGAUCCAUCAAAUUGUUUGGGCAUUCGGGAUUUUGCUGAGACACACAAUUGUGUUGAUCUAAUGCAAGCUGCAGAGGUCUUCAGCCAGAAACAUUUUCCAGAGGUGGUUCAGCAUGAAGAGUUUAUCCUCUUAAAUCAAGAAGAGGUUGAAAAGCUCAUCAAAUGUGACGAAAUUCAGGUGGACUCUGAAGAGCCAGUUUUUGAGGCAGUUAUAAACUGGGUGAAGCACUCGAAAAAAGAACGGGAAGCAUCGCUGCCUGAACUGCUGCAGUACGUGCGCAUGCCGCUCCUCACCCCCCGCUACAUCACAGACGUCAUCGACACCGAGCCUUUUAUACGAUGCAGUCUGCAGUGCAGAGACCUCGUAGAUGAAGCGAAGAAAUUUCAUCUUCGGCCUGAGCUGAGGAGUCAGAUGCAAGGACCCAGGACAAGAGCACGUCUAGGAGCUAAUGAAGUCCUGCUCGUGAUCGGCGGCUUCGGCAGCCAGCAGUCACCUAUUGAUGUUGUGGAGAAAUACGACCCAAAGACUCAGGAGUGGAGUUUCUUGCCAAGCAUCACCCGUAAGAGGCGCUACGUUGCGACCGUGUCCCUGCAUGAUCGGAUCUAUGUGAUUGGGGGGUACGAUGGUCGCUCUCGUCUCAGCUCGGUGGAGUGCUUGGAUUAUACAUCAGAUGAGGAUGGUAUCUGGUACUCCGUGGCUCCGAUGAACGUACGGCGAGGCCUGGCGGGAGCCACGACCCUUGGAGACAUGAUCUACGUUUCCGGUGGGUUUGAUGGAAGCCGACGUCACACCAGUAUGGAGCGAUACGACCCGAACAUUGAUCAGUGGAGUAUGCUAGGAGACAUGCAGACAGCACGGGAAGGAGCAGGGCUGGUUGUGGCUAACGGAGUCAUCUACUGCCUCGGUGGCUACGAUGGGCUGAACAUACUGAACUCUGUAGAGAGGUAUGAUCCCCACACUGGACACUGGACAAAUGUCACCCCAAUGGCCACUAAGCGCUCAGGGGCUGGAGUGGCUCUGCUGAAUGACCACAUUUAUGUAGUCGGUGGAUUUGAUGGGACGGCACAUCUCUCCUCUGUGGAAGCCUAUAAUAUUCGCACUGAUUCCUGGACAACCGUAACGAGCAUGACAACCCCCCGCUGCUACGUGGGGGCCACCGUGCUGCGGGGAAGGCUGUAUGCAAUCGCUGGAUAUGAUGGCAACUCACUGCUGAGCAGCAUCGAGUGCUACGAUCCCAUCAUUGACAACUGGGAAGUGGUAACCUCCCUGGGGAUGCAGCGCUGUGAUGCUGGAGUCUGCGUCCUUCGGGAGAAGUGA